AACUAUUUCUAUGUCUAGUUACACUAUAUUGAUAAUUUUCUGAGUCUUAGAAGUCGUUCCGUUGCUAUCAUGUCAAACAAGCCUAAAGUGGAGGGAUGGGAAAAAAACUGGCAAGCAUGGAAAGUGAAGUUUGACAAAAAGUAUGAUAGCGCCGAAGAAGAGGAGAGACGGCAUAACAUUUGGUUGCAGAACAAGGCGAAGAUUGAAGAACAUACCAAAUUAGCAGAUGCCGGGGAAUCUACAUAUUAUCAGGGUGUUAACCAAUUUGCUGACAGGGCCGAAGAUGAACCUGUAUGCGGCUGUCAGCAUGGUGGACUUAAAUAACCUUGAACGAGGAUCCAGGUCAACUCAAAUAAAUUUCUAAUCGACAGUCUUCCUAUUUUUUUUAACGCUACGAAUAUAAUCGCCCAACUACAAAAAAAGUUUCAUACAACCAGGCCCGUUAAAUAGAAAACUGACUUUUUUAUGAGUGAAUUGGAGUUCGGACCCCCCCCCCCCCCCCGCCUUUUUGAAAUGCUAAAAAGGCAUUUUUAGCAAAUUUUCGUUGCUUGAAACGCUUUUUAAACCCUCAAGACUCUUGAAAACACACAAUUUGAAUUUUCGGACCCGCUGAAUUUCAUACCCCCCUCCUCCCUUUGAAAAUUACUCGCUACGCCCCUAUCGACCACACUGGCAAUCAGCGAAAGAUCGUCGCCCUCUCUAUCAUUGGUGGGGCAAUAAUAGAAUACGUACCUAGACAUUUUACUAUAUUAAAGUUUUCUGAUGACUUGAAUUCUGCCUAAAGCCAAAAAAGUAUUAAUUUUAUGCGCGUAUAAUUUUAUGUCGACUACGAACUUCUUUUGUGUUAUGAAUAUAUGUGUGUCAACAAUUACGUAGUAUUGC